UUGUCUGGAGCGUGGAGGGCAUCUUACCGGGACAAAAUGAAGCAUUUUACACUGUUGUCUUUGGUUCUUGCGGUGAUUGCGACGCUCUGUGUCGCGAAGUCACCUUAUCAAUCAGUUCUUCAGCACAGCAGAAUUAGGGGAAGGCAACAUGGCCCCAAUGUAUGCGCGAUGCAGCAAAUCCAAGGAACUGAUAAGAAGUACUUCACCAACUGCAAGCAAUGGUAUCAUCGAAAGAUCUGCGGCAAGCCAACGGUGAUCACCUAUGAGUGUUGCCCUGGCUAUGAAAAGAUUCCUGGGGAGAAGGGCUGUCCAGCAGCCCUGCCCCUUGUGAACAUCUACAACACCCUGGGUGUGGUAGGAGCCACCACCACCAAGAUGUACUCAGAAAGGGCUGAACUGCAGGCAGAGAUUGAGGGGCCUGGCAGCUUCACCUUCUUUGCUCCUAGCAAUGAGGCUUGGGCAGCCCUGCCCACUGAAAUCUUGGAUGCCCUGGUGAGCAAUGUCAACAUUGAGCUGCUCAAUGCUCUCCACUACCACAUGGUCAACAGACGCCUGACCUCUGAUGACCUCAAGCACGGCUCAUCCUACCCUUCCAUGUACCAGGACUUUGACGUGCACAUUCACCACUACCCCAAUGGAAUUGUGACCGUGAACUGUGCCCGUCUGGUCAAAACAGACCAGCAUGCCACCAAUGGAAUCGUGCAUGUUGUUGACCGGGUCAUCACAGCCAUCACGAACAACAUCCACACAUUCAUUGACACUGACGACGACCUGGAGACUCUGCGUACUGCUGUUGCUGCUGCUGGUCUGACCACUAUGCUGGAGUCUGAUGGCCACUACACUGUGUUUGCACCAACCAAUGAGGCCUUUGAGAAGAUCCCACCAGACACCUUAAACAGGAUCCUGGGAGACCCCGUGGCACUGAAAGACCUGCUCAACUACCACAUUCUGAAGAACAUGCAGUGCUCUGAGUCCAUCGUAGCUGGCACACCCCUGGAGACACUGCAGGGCACUGUGCUGGAGGUGGGCUGUGAUGGUGACCAGAUGACACUCAAUGGCAAGACUAUCAUCGGCCUGAAGGACCAGCUGGGAACCAAUGGCGUCGUCCACUACAUCAACGAGCUCCUCAUCCCAGACUCAGCCAAGACCCUGUUGGAGCUGGCCCAGGGAUCCAGUGUUACAACAGCAGCCAAAAUGUUUGUUGAGGCUGGCCUGGAUUCCCAUCUGACCGGCAGUGAAGCUUUGACACUUUUAGCUCCUCAGAAUGAAGCUUUCAAAGAGGACCCAGCAGUCACUGAUGAACUGAAGACGCUGCUGACGAACCACAUUUUAAAGGAACAGCUGUCCUCCAAAAGCCUUUACCAUGGUCAAGUGCUGGAGACACUUGGAGGACUGAAUCUCAGGGUGUUCGUCUACCGCAAUAAUCUAUGCAUCGAGAAUGCUUGCAUUGCCGCCCACGACAAGACAGGCCGCUUUGCCACCAUGUUCACUGUGGACAAGGUUCUGACCCCACCCAGUGGCACAGUCAUGGAUGUGCUCAAGGGAGAUGACCGAUUCAGCACCCUGGUAGGAGCCAUUCAGACAGCUGGCCUUACGGAGAUGAUGAACCAGCCUGGGACCUACACCGUCUUCGCCCCGACCAACGAAGCCUUCAGUGCCAUGCCUGCAGCCGACCUCAAUAAGCUCUUGGGUAACCCUACCCAGCUGGCCGGCGUUCUGAAGUACCACAUUGGGAAGGAACUUUUGGUCAGCGGAGGAGUGGGGUCCCACACCAGGAUGAAGCCACUGCAGGGAGAAAGGCUGGAGCUGAGCAUGAUGAGUUUGGCGAUGCCCGCAUCCAGGAGGAACUACACUGUGCACGUCAACAAGGUCCCUGUGACUGAAGCGGACAUGAUGGCCACCAACGGAGUCGUCCAUGCUGUGGGCUCAAUCAUCCAGCCACUGCCUCCGAAAGUGAUGAGUGACGAGCCUGAGGCAGCCAAGGGUGCAAGGGUGUUCAGGCACACCUCUACUGUGAGAACUCACAGGCAGGCUGUUAAAAACGAUGAUCUGUUUCAGAAGGUUUUGAGAAGUCACUCCAGUCGAACCCUGUCUCGUACUCAGUAACUGGUGCUUAGCAGGAUAAAACGGUUUGAAGACAUUUCAACCACCAACGUUUCAAAAAUAAUUCCUUUUGCUAAGGAAUAUAUUAUUACACUUGAACAUUCAGCGGGUAAUGAGUCUGUACCUUUUCACAAUUGUAAAGUUAAACAAAACAGCAAAAGUAAAUGCAGAGAUUAAAUAUUUUGGUAGACAUGUUUGUAUGAUUGUUUUCUUAUACCAAAGGCCAGCGUUAGAUUGGUGAAUGAUAUUUUUGUUCAUCUGAUGUGAGCAUUGUGUGGUACUUAAAUGGAGGACGGCAUUUAGUGAUUUUUUUGAUGUAGCUUCGUUAAUUUUUUUUUGAAUACUCAUACACCUGAAAUGACUCUGUUUAUCAUUUUAUUUCUGAUUGUUAAAUUGGACCAGACUUUUGAAAAAUGUAUAUGGUAUUUCCUUAUCAUUUACCUGUAGCAUGUUUGCAUGGUUUAAGAUGAAUCUAAAAAUGCUAUUUGGCCACAUGCAUUUCAGAAGCUCAGUUCAUACCAUCUGUUUUGUGUUUUUUUAGACAAGCUAAAAAAGCACACAUUCAUAUGCAAGUCACACACAACCCAUCUGCAACAUACUGUACUAGGGAUUUUUGUGUAGAGCAUAAGAACAGGUCUGCACAUUUCAAAAUAAAAUGUUCAUUUUGUA